UCCUCCUUCAGAUAUCUUCACCCAAUAAUUCGGGACCUCCUUGCAUUUUUGAAAGAAAAUAACCAUAGUGACUGCUACACUAUCUGGAUGAUACAGAUCAAUAUGGAAAUCUGACACGACAUAUUCAAUAAUCUUAGUUGGACCAUCAUGGCAGUUGGCAAAUGUUGGAAGCCCACAUGUCAUGGACUCCACUACUGUUGACGUAAGGGAAGCCAAGAAUAUCAAUGCAAAAUUAGGGGAAAAAUUGUCCAGCACCAUAACAGAACCUUGCUAGAGCAAUAGAAGGCAUCAUCACGUCCAUAUUCGAGAAGACUACCAACAAGAACAAUGAUUUGCAUGAUCAAUUGUUGUGCUCUUUGUGUUGGAAAUGAGUGAGCUUGAGCUGGAGUUCAACGAUUUACAGGGAGACGCCUAAGAAAGUUGAAGAAUUCGAUCAACAAGAGUCUCAAAGAGGCAUGAAGAAGUCCAAGCAAGCAAAGGCAUCAGAGCAUGAAGAUGGUGUUGAUAUGAUCAGUAACUUACCAAAUCCCAUUCUUCACUUGAUUGUUUCAAGUCUUCCAACUACUGAAGAAGUAAUUCGAACCAGCAUAUUAUCGACACGAUGGAGGUAUCUAUGGAAUUUAAUUCCAUCUAUAGACAUAGAUUCUUCCAGAGGAAUGAAAUUUGAUAGGACCAAAUUCAAAAAGUUUGUGUAUCACGUUUUAGCAAACAGUACCCUUGGUUUAGACAGUUUUCGUAUAAGUUGUUCGGAUCUCUACAAUAUAUCUACAGUAUAUCAGUGGAUUCAAGCUGCCGUUUCAAGAAACAUCAAACAACUUCACUUGUCGUUUUGCUAUGAGGAUUUGUUUAAACACAUCGAGUUGCCCCAUUGUCUGGUGACCUGUGAUUCGUUACAGGUAUUGCGGGUGUUUUUGUAUGAAAAAAGGCGUUUGAUUUUGCCUAAGUUUAUAGGGUUUCAAACACUUAGGGUUCUCGAGUUGAAAAAUGUUGAGUUAUACAAAGAUUAUUUAGUAAAAAGUUUCCUCGAAAGCUUGCCAUUACUUGAGGAUCUGAGUUUGAUUGACUAUGCGAUAAACAAACUCCAAAUUCUAUAUGUUUCAUGUCUUAAGCUCAAGAAUCUCAUACUCGAUAACCGGAAUAUCUUCUCUUUUGAAGACUUGUAUGAUGUUGACUUUCUCUGUGAUUGCAUAAAGAUUGUUUGCCCAAAACUGUUGUUUUUUGAGUUUAGAGCUUUUUUAGCUCUUAAGUAUAUCUUUAGAAGUCUGGGUUUAGUGAAGAAAGCUGUGAAUCUGUGAUUCAUCCUGAAGAGUUUUCCAUCUGAAUGUAUGGACUACAUGAUUCGGGGAAAUUGUUCUUUAGAAUCUUUGUCCACCAGUAUUUACAUCCUCUGUUACUCUCUAUGUCCAUCAGGUAGUUGCUUAGUCUCAAUCUCCAUAUAUAAAUCUUAAUUUUAGUUGAAAAAGUAUAUGCAAUGUUAUUAUUAUAUUUUUUUCUGGCAUCUUCAAGUAUAUAUGUGUUGUCAUAGUUCAUACUCCAUACCUUUGUUGAAAAUUCUAGACCCCCAUUGCAUUCAUCACCUCUACAGAAAAGGCUCUAUCCAACAAUUCCUUUAUAGUUGUGCACUUUUGCCAAAAUAAUAUAAUUAAAAAUAUGUGAUGAAAUAAA